GGAAGAGAUGUCGGGAGAAAGUGUGGUGAGCUCAGCAGUGCCGGCGGCUGCGACUCGCACUACCUCCUUCAAAGGGACUAGUCCAAGCUCCAAGUAUGUCAAGCUGAACAUCGGCGGUGCCCUCUACUACACCACCAUGCAGACCCUGACCAAGCAGGACACCAUGCUCAAGGCCAUGUUCAGCGGCCGGAUGGAAGUCCUCACGGACAGCGAAGGCUGGAUCCUGAUUGACCGCUGUGGAAAACAUUUUGGGACAAUACUGAACUACCUGCGCGACGGGGCUGUGCCGCUCCCUGAGAGCCGCAGGGAGAUAGAAGAGUUGUUGGCUGAAGCAAAGUACUACCUGGUGCAGGGGCUGGUGGAUGAGUGCCAAGCAGCCUUGCAGAACAAAGAUGCGUACGAACCAUUCUGCAAGGUACCAGUCAUCACGUCUUCCAAAGAAGAGCAAAAACUUAUAGCUACUUCGAACAAGCCAGCAGUGAAGUUGCUAUAUAACAGAAGUAACAACAAAUAUUCCUACACCAGCAACUCCGAUGACAACAUGCUGAAGAACAUUGAGCUGUUCGAUAAGCUGUCCUUGAGGUUUAAUGGGAGAGUGCUCUUUAUAAAGGAUGUGAUUGGAGAUGAGAUCUGCUGCUGGUCUUUUUACGGGCAGGGGCGGAAGAUUGCCGAAGUCUGUUGCACUUCCAUUGUUUACGCUACUGAGAAAAAGCAGACAAAGGUGGAGUUCCCAGAAGCUCGCAUUUACGAGGAGACACUGAACAUUCUGCUGUACGAGUCCCAGGACGGGAGGGGACCCGACAACGCGCUCCUGGAAGCCACCGGCCGCUCCCAUCACUUAGAGGAAGACGAGGAGCGAGACCGCAUUGAACGCGUGCGCAGAAUCCAUAUUAAGCGUCCGGACGACAGGGCCCAUCUCCACCAGUGA